AUGUUUUCUGUCCAAACCUGGUUCAGCAAACUCAAAGCUGUGGCACAUGUCGCUGAUGUUUUUAUGGAUCAACUUGCUUAUGAAGUUACUCGACAAAAGGUGGAAAGUCAUCACAGGGUAAGGGACUUCUUUGUUCCUUCUAAAAACAACAUAUUAAAUCGUUUUAAGGCGGCUAAUAAGAUCAAGACUAUUCAUAAAUCCUUUGACAAGAUUUUUAAAUGGGCGGCAGAUCUUGGACUGCAGCCCAUAGCACAAUUGAGUGCAACUGUACAAGUGAGAGAGAUCCGUCACACUGCGCCCUUUGAAGUCGAGACACAAGUAGUCGGAAGAGAUGAAGAUGUAUCAAAUUUAGUUCAUGUCUUGUCCAAAAUUCAUGAUGAGGAUUUACUGGUCGUUGCUGUAGCAGGGAUGGGGGGUCAAGGUAAGACAACUCUUGCUCGUGUGGUCUACAAUAAAGACGUUGUGAUCAAUAUAUUUUCAAGAAGGAUAUGGGUUACUAUAUCAGAUGAUUUUGAUUUCAUGAAGAUUUUGAAUCAGAUGGGGGUAAAGGUUUUACUUGUACUGGAUGAUGUAUGGAAUGAGAAAGCAGAUAAGUGGGAUAGCUUGAUGAAUUCUUUGCUUGGGGUUGGUUGUGCGAAAGGAAGCAGCAUUCUAGUUACCACGCGUAACCAGGAAGUCAUCGAUGCCAUGCAAUGUUCUGUUUGUUAUAGGGUCGAAAAACUUUCAGAAGAAUAUAGUUGGGCACUAUUCAAGCAAAGAGCAUUUACACAUGGAGGAGUUUUAGAGACCAGGGAAUUUGUAGACUUGGGAAGAAGAAUGGUGGAAAGGUGUGGCGGCCUGCCUCUGGCAAUAAAAACAUUAGGGGGUUUAUUGUACUCAAAGAAGUCGGAGGAAGAGUGGCUGUUGAUCUUAAACAGUGAAGUAUGGAAAUCAAAAGGGGUAUUAUCAUCCUUGAGGUUGUCAUAUGACAAUUUACCAUAUUCAUCUUUGAAAAGAUGUUUUGCAUAUUUUUCUGUUCUUUCCAAGGAUUCUCUUAUAUAUAAAGAUGAAAUGGUACAUAUAUGUAUGGCAUUAGGAUUCCUUUUGUCUCCUGGAGAUACCAAUUUGCUGAUGGAGGACGUAGGCAGUGAAUACUUCAACAUUUUGUUGUCGAAUUCUUUGUUACAAGACGUGGAAACGGAUGAAUAUGGCAAUAUCACCUGUUGCAAAAUGCAUGAUCUUGCUGUAGAUGUGUCAACUAAUCACUCCCAAACCGUAACACCAAGUCAGGAUUCUAACCAGCUUUCUCAGGCAAUUCAUGUAAGGCUGGAGGGGUUUGAGGAUUUAAAACCAAAUAUCUACAAGGCCUACUUUUAUACAGUACAAUCACUAUACUCACAGGCUAGUAUUUUCAGUGUCCUCUUACCCAACCUCAAACACUUGAGGGGUCGUUUGGUUCAGGCUUCCGUGAUAUCAGGUAUGAGUUUUGUUCAUUCCAAACCCAUAUCUGGUUGAGAAUUUUAUUUCAUCAAACUCAUUCCUCAAACCCACAAGGUAUGAGAAUUUCAUAACAAGGGGGAGGUGGGUAUGAAAUAUGCGUUUCAGGAAUCAAUUUUUUUUCUUUUAUUUUCAUUAUUAUUUAUAUUAUUUCUUGUAAAUUUUUAACACAAAAUGAAAUUAAUGACUUAAAAAUGUAUACAAAUAUUAAUUUCAUGAUAUUUUAAAUUAAUUACAGUUAAUAACUCAUAAAUAUUAUAAUUCAACCAUAUUCAUUCCACCACUCAACCAAACACCUGAUAACCCGAUUCCUCAUUCCAACCUCAUACCUCCUCUCCAACCAAACGACCCUGAGAGUGCUCGUUCUUAAGUCAUUUUGUAAUGAGUUGUCAAGUUCAUUAAACAUCUCGAUAUCUCAAAUUCUCUCGGAUGCAAGAGUUAUAAAUUGCCAGAUUACAU